GUUUGUCUUUGUUUUUUCCAGCCCAGAUGACUUACUCAAUGCCUUGAAUGAGGGUAUCAGUCGUGCUGAUGUCAUCAUCACAUCAGGGGGUGUGUCCAUGGGGGAAAAGGACUAUCUCAAGCAGGUGCUGGAUAUUGACCUUCAUGCUCAGAUCCAUUUCGGCAGGGUGUUUAUGAAGCCAGGCCUGCCAACGACAUUUGCAACUUUGGAUAUUGAUGGUGUAAGAAAAAUAAUUUUUGCACUACCAGGGAAUCCUGUGUCAGCCGUGGUCACCUGCAAUCUCUUUGUUGUGCCUGCACUGAGAAAGAUGCAGGGCAUCUUGGAUCCUCGGCCAACCAUCAUCAAAGCCAGGUUAUCAUGUGAUGUAAAACUGGAUCCUCGCCCAGAAUACCAUCGGUGUAUACUGACUUGGCAUCACCAAGAACCACUGCCUUGGGCACAGAGUACAGGUAAUCAGAUGAGCAGCCGUCUGAUGAGCAUGCGCAGCGCCAACGGAUUGUUGAUGCUACCUCCAAAGACAGAGCAGUACGUGGAGCUCCACAAGGGCGAGGUGGUGGAUGUCAUGGUCAUCGGACGACUAUGAUGGUCACCAGCGGAGAAAGCUUUGAUGCAUGUCCACAUAUCAUUGACUGUAUCCUGUAAUAUGCAACGGCACAGCUAGUUUUUCUGAUUUGGAUAAAAGUUGAUCUGUAUAGUCAACAUCUUGAACUAUAUUUCAAAAGAAUUUAAAUACCUUUUAAAGAAAAAAAACACCUAAAAAUAAAUCUUAACAGAUAACUCUAUUCUGAUUAUAUCAAAGCAAAUUUUUCCUUUCUUGCAAAUUGCUUUGUGUGUUCAAUGCUAGGUCUGAUAGCGAUAGCUUUUAGUAGACAGCAGUAGGUGCCUGCAGAACUUGUGUUUUUCUCAUCUUUAAACAACUACUUAUGCUCUCAAAUCAAGGCUGUCUGCUUAUUUAUACUAGCGUAGGCAACACUUGGAUUUCCCUUCUUAGUAUGCUUCAUAACCGCUUUACAGAGAGCUUUCGCUUGUUCUUUAUCAUGUAUCUCGUGUUUAUGUGCACAGUGCCAACAGAAGAGCGACUGGGGGAGGCCCUGCCCUGCCUCCAGGAGAGCCAUCCCUCGCAGAGCUUCCGGGAAGUUUCUCACCCCAGGAGCCUCAUGGCACAGUACUCUUGGGCAGUAACUGGAUACCUUUUAUUUGAACAAUCUAACUGGGGGGAAAUGCUUCCUUAAGUGCUGACAGCCUUUUUAACCAAUACAUUUAAAAUUGUACAGAAAAAAAACCACAUAAAAUCAAAGACUGAUCUUGUACAGAUAUUAGUGUUACCAGCAUUCAUGUGGAAAUCAAGAGCAAAGAAAAAAUAAUGAUAACUCUGUACCAUAACAUUUUCUGUAAUGAUACUGAAACUUAAUGAAUAAAAAAAAUCCUUGAUCAUUAU